GCAUUUUGAGGACGACUGUGGAGCUCAGCCCUUGUAGGACUCACUCAAACUUGACCCUAUCAUUAUUUUCUGUUGUUGUUAAAUGUUUUAAAGCUCAGACGUAGCAGAGAUUCUGUCUGCUGGAAUCCAUAGGGUGAUGGCUCUUUUUUCAACGUUUGUGAUUUUCCUUUUACUCGCCUGCUCUCCUUCGUCUCACGCAGUACAAUCAGAAAGGACCAGAGACAAGAUGCUGGAAAAUAAUCAACAAGGAACAACUGGAGCAACUGACGCAACACCUGUAGCAUCACAGGAAGCACUAACUGAGACAACAGCUGAUGCAACACCUGAGGCAACAACUGAGACAACAGCUGAGGCAAAACCUGAGGCAACAACUGAGACAACAGCUGAGGCAACAGCUGAGACAACAGCUGAGGCAACAACUGAGACAACAGCUGAGGCAACAACUGAGACAACAGCUGAGGCAACAACUGAGACAACAGCUGAGGCAACAACUGAGACAACAGCUGAGGCAACACCUGAGACAACAGAUGAGGCAACAGCUGAGGCAACAACUGAGACAACAGCUGAGGCAACAACUGAGACAACAGCUGAGGCAACAACUGAGACAACAGCUGAGGCAACAACUGAGACAACAGCUGAGGCAACAACUGAGACAACAGCUGAGGCAACACCUGAGACAACAGAUGAGGCAACAGCUGAGGCAACAACUGAGACAACAGCUGAGGCAACAACUGAGACAACAGGUGAGGCAACACCUGAGGCAACAACAGCUGAGGCAACAACUGAAGCAACAACUGGAUCAACAGCUGAGGCAACAACUGAGGCAACAACUGAGGCAACAACUGAAGCAACAACUGAGGCAACAACUGAGGCAACAACUGAAGUAAUAACUGAAGCAACAACUGAUGCAACAGCUGAGGCAACAACUGAGGCAACAACUGAUGUAACAACUGAAGCAACAACUGAUGGAACAACUGAAGCAACGACUGAGGAGACACCUGAGGCAACAACUGAAGCAACAACUGAGGAGACAACUCAGGCAACAAUUCAGGCAACAACUGAGGCAACAACUAAAGCAACAACUGAGGAGACAACUGAAGCAACAACUGAGGCAACAACUGAGGUGACAACUGAAGCAACAACUGAGGCAACAAUUGAUGUAACAACUGAAGCAACAACCGAAGCAACAACCGAAGCAACAACUGAAGCAACAACUGAGGCAACAACUGAGGCAACAACUGAAGCAACAACUGGAGCAACAACUCAGGCCACAACUGAGGCAAAAACUCAGGCAGCAUCUGAUGCAACAACUGAGGCAACAACUGAUGUAACAACUGAAGCAACGACUGAAGCAACAACUCAGGCAACAACCGAAGCAACAAAGGAAGCAACAACUGAGACAACAACUGAAGCAACAACUGAGGCAACAACUGAGACAGCAACUGAUGCAACAACUGAGGCUACAACUGAUGUAACAACUGGAGCAACAACUGAAGCAACAACUGAGGCAACAACUGAUGCAACACCUGAGGCAACACCUGAGGCAACAACUCAGGCAGGCACUGAGGCAACAACUGAGGCAGGAACUGAAGCAACAAUUGAGGCAACAACAGAUGUCACAACUGAUGCAACAACUGAAGCAACGACUGAGGCAACAACUCAGGCAACACCUGAGGCAACAAGUGAUGCAACAGCUGAUGUAACAACUGAGGCAACAACUGAUGUUACAACUGAAGCAACAACUGAGGCAACAACUCAGGCAACAACUGAAGCAACAAAGGAAGCACCAACUGAGACAACAACUGAAGCAACAACUGAAGCAACAACUCAGGCAACAACUCAGGCAACUGAUGCAACAGCUGAGGCAACAACUGAAGCAACAACUGAGGCAACUGAUGUAACAACUGAAGCAACAAAGGAAGCACCGACUGAGACAACAGUUGAUGCAACAACUGAGGCAACAACUCAGGCAGGCACUGAGGCAACAACUGAGGCAGCAACUGAAGCAACAAUUGAGGCAACAACUGAUGUAACAGCUGAAGCAACAACUGAGGCAACAACUGAUGUAACAACUGAAGCAACACCUGAAGCACAAACUGAGACAACAGCUGAUGCAACACCUGAGGCAACAACUGAGGCAACAACUGAAGCUACAAAUGAAGCAACAACUGAGGCAGCAACUGAUGCAACGCCUGAGGCAACAACUGAUGUAACAACUGAAGCAACAAAGGAAGCACCGACUGAGACAACAGCUGAUGCAACACCUGAGGCAACAACUGAAGCUACAACUGAGGCAAUAACUGAGGCAACAACUGAGGCAACAACUGAUGUAACAACUGAAGCAACAAAGGAAGCACCGACUGAGACAACAGCUGAUGCAACACCUGAUGCAACAACUGAAGCUACAACUGAGGCAAUAACUGAGGCAACAACUGAGGCAAGAACUGAUGUAACAACAGAAGCACCAACUGAGACAACAGCUGAUGCAACACCUGAGGCAACAACUGAUGUAACAACUGAAGCAACAAAGGAAGCACCAACUGAGACAACAGCUGAUGCAACACCUAAUUUAACAACUGAAGAAACAACUGAUGUAACAACUGAAGCAACACCUGAUUCAACAAAUGGACCAACAAUGGAUGUCACUGAUGGAACAACAGCUGAGGCCACAAGCAGACCAACAGCUGAUGCCACAAUUGAAACAACAGUGGAUGUCACUGCAACAACUGUUGCUACAACUGAAGCCACAGGUGGCCUAACAGCAGAGGCCACGAGUGGACCAACAAGUGAUGCCACAAGUGGAUCAACAGUUGAGGUCACAAGUGGACAUACAACUGGUGCAACAAGUGGACCAACACCUGAGACCUCAAAUGGACCAACAGCUGAGGCAACUAGUAGACCAACAACUGAUAUUACAAGUGGACUAACAACUGAUGCCACAAGUGGACCAACAACUGAUGCCACAACUGAUGCCACAAGUGGACCAACAACCAAGGUCACAGCUGAGGCAACAACUGAUGCCACAAGUGGACAAACAGUGGCUGCCACUGCAACAACUGAUGCCACAACUGUUGCAACAAGUGGACAAACACCUGAUGUAACAACUGAUGCCACAGGUGGACCAACAACCAAGGUAACAAGAGAUCCAACAACUGAUGCCACAAGUGGACAAACAACUGAUGCCACAACUGACGCCACAGGUGGACCAACAACCAAGGUCACUGGUGCAGCAACAACUGAUGCAACAAGUGGACAAACAAUGGCUGCCACUGCAACAACUGAUGCCUUAACUGAUGCAACAAGUGGACCAACAAGUGAUGCCACAAGUGGAUCAACAGCUGAGACCUCAAAUAGACCAACAGCUGAGGCAACUAGUAGACCAACAACUGAUAUUACAAGUGGACCAACUGAUGCCACAAGUAGGCCAAUGACUGAUGCAACAAGUAGACCAACAACUGAUGCCACAACCGAUGCCACAGGUGGACCAACAACCAAGGUAACAAGAGAACCAACAACUGAUGCAACAACUGGACAAACAACUGGUGCAACAAGUAGACCAACAACUGAGGGCACAACUCAGGUUUCAACAGCUGCCACAAACAGACCAACACCUCAUGUCACAACACCUUUAUCCACAACACCAACUAUCACUAGAAAGCCCUUAGAUUGCCAGAAUGGAGGAAUAGACAAUGGAUUCAACUGCACAUGUCUUGUUGGAUUCGCGGGGGAACUAUGUGAAGAAUUUAUUCCUGAUGUCACCCCAGAGGUAGUUAGUAGAGCAGUAGUGGUUAUUAUGGAGGUCAACCAGGAAUUUGACGACAAAUAUAAAGAUAAAACAUCACCGGAGUACCAGGACUUUGUUAGAAACUUCACUGAACAGAUGGAUAAAUAUUACAGAGAUAGGAAGGUACAAAACUUUAAAGAAGUGAAUGUCACUGGUGUAAGUCCAGGCAGUCCACUGACCAGGUUCUCUACCAACACUGUGGAGAAGAUGAGACUCAGGAGGGACACAGCUGUCACAGAGGAGAGGUUGGGAGUUAACGUCACACAUGAUGUGAUCCUGGAGAUCCCAAAUAAAGAGGGCUCUGAUGAAAUCUAUGAGAGUGAUGUGGAGAUCAUUCAGGAGGCUGUCGACAGCAUUAAUAGCUGCAGAGACGACUGUCCAAGUUUCAACCUUACAGGCCUGCCCCCGUCGGUGCAGACGACGAAGCUUGAUCUUACAAAACAAUGUGUGGGUCUUUCAGAGGAUGCAAAUUUCUAUCAGGCAAAGAACAUCAAUGGGAAGAUACUCUGUGUGACGGCCUGCCAUCCUGAACGUGAUAAUCAUAAACGAUGCUUCAAUGGUGGACGGUGCAAAGCAUUCGAAACUGUUGGAGCAAUCUGCGACUGCGCAAAUGUGGAAUCUAACUGGUACCUAAGCGAUGACUGCAGCAUGCCCAUACAGAAGACAGCCUUCAUCGCUGGCCUGAGUGGGACGCUCCUCAUUCUCAUGGUGCUGGUCGGAGUCCUGGCAGCGUUCACACUGAGGAACAAAAUCUCUCAAAAGAGAAACAGAGACAUGAAAAAGCAGAUGUUGAAUCAGUGGCUGAACGAGGACUUUGAAUGGUCCAGAACAAACAGUUACAGCUCUGAAAUGUACAGGAACCCUAUGUUUACCAGCGAUGAUACUGCCGCAUACAGACAGCAGCCAAACGGUUUAAGACAGCCCUCACCAGCCUACCAAUCAAGCAGACCACCGACACAAAACAGCUACAGACCAUCAGACAGACUCUCCCCAUCACAACCAGCUCACAGACACAUCACUCCAUCUAAUGGGUACGCUCAACCUGCUGGUCUCGGCCGACCACAGAGAAGCCCAACCAACCAACCGAUGAGGAUCAACAGGCCUCAGAUCAGGACAUCCUGGGACGCCUGAGCAGAGCAAUAAGAAACUAGGUCUUAGAAAAUGAACUGAAAACACGGCAGCAAAGAGGUUUUUAGCCCCUGGAUGAAAUGAAGAAGCCAAGAAGAAAGUUCAAAACUGGCUAAAUACUAUGUAUAUAAGGUUCUCUUCAACCAAAAGUACCCAGAACUUUUAGUCCCAGGAACUUAUCUUCAAGGAACUGAAUGGUACCUGUUGUUCCAAAAGGGGCAUUGGGCAAAUCAGGCAUCCUGACACAGCCAAGCUUUAGAGAGACAAAGAUUAUACCUUUUAUAAUUUUUAUUUCAAUGUUCUGUUAUGAAGAGUCUGGAUUGAGGACAAACAGACUCUAUAAUCCUUUAUAUACAUUUCUGUGCAGAAUUUUAAGGCACAUUUGUGCCAAAUUAAGAAAUGUUCAGGACUGCAGCCCCAUGUCCUAUAGUUCCUAGGCCUUUGGAAAGAACUUCAGCCAAGUAGGAACUUUCCUUUCCAGAACUAAAUUUAGACCCUGGUCUAAAGACAUUGACUUCUUCAAAAGUUUCAGAGUUCCUGGGGAAGGUUCCUGCAGUUGAAAAGCACCUAUAAAAAGUAUAUCUUGAUCUAAACACAAUACCACAGUCUUAAAAACCUCAUAUGAUCUGCGAACAGUGGAUGGAGACGGAGAACAGGGAAAGAAGACACAAGUCAGACCUGAACCUCAGCUGUCAACCUCAAGGACUUUGUCUACGUAGCUAGCCCACCAGCAUUUUAUUUCUAUUUAUUUAUUUGUAUGUAGCCGUUAUUUAAUCAGGUAUGACCCACAGAGAUCUAAGAGCUCUCAUAUGAGGAGACCUGGCAGCAAUUCAGAGUUACAAUGGUAAAAAAGUCAGUAACAUUAAGGUGUUCAGAUGUGCAAACAAAUAUGUAAAUAAAUCAAUGAUAUUCCCACAGCAUGCCUGGGUUAUUAGGUUGUUCAAGUUGUGGAAGGAAGUUCAGAAGGAAACAAAAGUUUUCUUUACUGAUUCAGUUUCAGUUUGGAAAUCAAAAAAAGUGCCUGAGCUCUUUAACCCAAAUGAUAUUUUUAAUGCUAAAAUAGAAUUAUCAUUGUUAUCCAUGAAUUUUCAAAUUUACUGAUUUAAUAAAACAGAAAAAUAG